AUGCCAAAUUAUUCUUUGAUAGUUGAAAAGGAUAAUGAAGAAGGAGACCUUGUUACAACAGAAGAAGAGAAUGAAGAUAGAGACCUUGUUACAGCAGAAGCAGAGAAUGAAGAACGAGACCGUGUUACAGCAGAAGAAGAGAACGAAGAACGAGACCUUGUUACAGCAGAAGAAGAGAAUGAAGAACGAGACCUUGUUACAGCAGGAGAAGAGAACGAAGAACGAGACCUUGUUACAGCAGAAGAACAGAAUGAAGAACGAGACCUUGUUACAGCAGGAGAAGAGAACGAAGAACGAGACCUUGUUACAGCAGAAGAAAAGAAUGAAGAACGAGACCUUGUUACAGCAGGAGAAGAGAACGAAGAACGAGACCUUGUUACAGCAGAAGAAGAGAAUGAAGAACGAGACCUUGUUACAGCAGGAGAAGAGAACGAAGAACGAGACCUUGUUACAGCAGAAGAAGAGGGUGCAUCAGAAGAUCUACAUACAACACACGACCAAACAACAGAGAAAAGUUAA